UUGGUUUCCCUUCUGCUCUUCAAUACUUGUUCUCUGCGGGGCAGGAUCAGUUCACCUUCAGCUUCUCUUCUCGCUCUCUUUUGGAUUACUUUCCUAUUUAUUUAUUUAUUUAUUGUUUUCUUUUACUUUAUUAUUUUUUGUGUGGUUGGACUCCUGCAUUACACUGCUUUGUUUCCAUCUUCAUUUCCCUCUUCCAAUCCAAUCUCCCCCCGCCACCGUUCUCAGUCACCGCGGCGGUGUGUAGGGCUAUGCUUUCCUCACCUACUGUGAUUCUAUCGCCUUAUGGACUGCCUGUCUACCAACAGUCAGCCUCGUGCUACCCCGGCCUGGUGCAGGGGUCCGGCCAGGAGGGUGGCCCAGGCAACGCCGACCCCUCCCUCUCCCAGGUCUAUGCCCCGCCUCCCUCAUACCCACCUCCAGGCCAGGGCCCGCCUAAUGUGGCAGGCAGACUCCCGCCUCUAGACUUUAGUCCCGCCCACGCUGGUGGCGAGUACCAGGAGCACGCCCAGCUCAGAGUGUAUCAGGGCCCGCAGCACGAGGGCGCAGACCUGGGACCAAGCAAUGUGGAGGAUGCCCUGGUCCCCGUGACCUCUGACUCCCAGGCCCUGAGCGUGGCCCUGUCCUCAGGGGGCGGGGCGGGGAGCGGCAGUGAUGACGAAGGCUCCAGUAAGGCCCAGCCCAAACGCCUCCAUGUCUCCAACAUCCCCUUCCGCUUCCGAGACCCCGACCUGAGACAGAUGUUCGGGCAAUUUGGCAAGAUUCUGGAUGUCGAAAUCAUCUUCAAUGAAAGGGGGUCCAAGGGCUUCGGCUUCGUCACGUUUGAGAGUGCAAUGGAGGCUGACCGGGCCCGGGAGAAACUGAAUGGGACGAUAGUGGAAGGAAGGAAGAUUGAGGUCAACAACGCCACUGCCAGAGUGGUCACUAAGAAGCCCCAGACCCCCGUGGUUAAUGAGGAGGUUUCAGCUGCUGGAUGGAAGAUCAACCAAGUGAUGGGGGCCAUGUACGCCCCUGAGCUCUACACUGUUGCCAGUUUCCCCUACCCUGUAGCAGCCCCUGCCUUAGCCUAUCGGGGUUCACCUUUGCGGGGGCGUGGCAGGGCCGUCUACAAUACGAUUCGCUCUGCUGCGGCGACGCCCACUGCCGUCCCUGGCUACCCUGGAGUUGUAUACCAGGAGGGAUUGUAUGGACCAGAAGUCUACGGGGGCUAUCCAGCAGCUUACAGAAUGGCCCAAUCAGCAGCUGCUGCCACAGCAACCUACAGUGAUGGAUAUGGACGGGUCUAUACCACAGCUCCGGACCCCUAUCACCACGCAGUCGGCCCCACCACAACGUAUGGAGUUGGAACCAUGGCCAGUUUGUACAGAGGAGGGUACAAUCGCUUCACUCCCUACUAAUGGAGCAAGAGGGUUCUCUUCAGUCACUCUGGGAUUGGCUGAUCCAUGGACGCUGCAGGACCGGUUAUGCGAUCAUACUUGAAGACAUCGAGGAGGCAUCCUCUCGCUCUAUGUCCCUCACAAUCGCUCCCUGAGACUCAACAGACUGUGCUUGUAAAUACUGUAGCCUUUUCGCUGUUAUAUGAAGUGAAGAAAUGGCAGCAAAACGAAGGAUAAUACUAUUUAAUGGAUACACUGUUGAUAUUUUUUAUUUAAGAUUUGACUGACUUUGUUUUAAGAGUUUUGCUGUUCUGUUUGGCCUUCCAUGUGGAGGGUGGGAUAGAUAGGUGCCUUGCACUACAUUUGGGUCGCUGAUAAGAGACUGAUAGAGAUGAUACAGGGAGCUAAAUUAUGCAAGAAGCUUUUAUAGGGUGGGGGGCUGGGUCCAUAGACUUUACAUUGGUCAAAAUUUGAUAUGACUUUUUUAGAUGUGUACGUGUAAAAAGACACGUGUGUUGUGUGUGUGUGAGAAAACAGAGGAUAUCCGGCCCCAUUACCAUUGUAUUAGUAGACUGAUAGACCGCUAUGACAUUGGGAUUUAAAAAAAAAUGAAAGUGUGGCCUUUAGAAAUGUGAAAAAGCAUAUAAUAUAGAUGCAUUUGACUGUUGUAUAAUUUCUUCUUCUACUUUCUUCUUUCCAACAAUCUACCUCUUCUCCUUCACGGUUUCACAUGUCAGCAUUUUCUGUAAAAAAAAUGUCUAUCUAAAAAUCACUUGGUAAUAAUAAUCGAUAAUUAGUCUAGGCUUCUUUUCAUUUCACAUAUCAAAACAGUUUCUCUCCCCAUGAAUAUAUUUUGUUCACCACUUUGUUUGAUUAUAUUUUGUCUACCAAAUUAGAUUGUUUUGCCUGAGUGAAAUCCUUAGACCGAUGUGCUUUCUUCAAACUUAUUGUGUAAUAUUUUGGGAAUGUGCUUGUUGGAUGAAAACUAAUUUAACAAUAACUGAGACCAUUAUUCAAUAGAACAUGUGCCAGAACAUUUCAGAUAUAAGGCUUAACCACCUCAUUCUUCUUGUGACUGGUCUGUGGUCUUUAAAUAAAGCCAUCUUUGUGUUCAUUU